AUGGAUGUCGCGUUCAACCCUGAACCACUGGAAUUUUAUCGAUACCUGAAUCGUAAAACGAAACGUGUCGCUACGAACGCAUAUUUUGAUGCUCUUUCAUUCGUUUUGACAUUAUCAGAAAGUAUUCCCAAAGAGAGAAUGGCAUUAUUUCAAGAAAUUCAGAAUAAAUGGAAUUUCAAUAAAGACUGGUGUGUGUAUGUCGCGGAAAAAUCAGCGUCAAUAUCUGUAAUGGCGUGUCAUAAUAUUCAAAGAAGUUAUAAUCGUGAGGUUUCUUAUCACUCCUUAGUAAAUGAAAAAAAUGUACCCGCAAGUGUCUUUUACAAAAAAGCUAUGGUUGUUGUUUUCGAAGAUGAGUCAAAAGAAUCUGGGUCAGAAGAAGGUCCAGUAAAAGAUGGUCAAAAAGCUGAGGUUACUUUCGAAGAUGAGUCAGAAGCUUAUGAAGAUGAGUCGGAAGGUUCAGAGAACGAUGAUCAGAAUAAUCAAAAUCCAUUCAUAGCUAUAGAUUGGCAUGAGUGGUUAGAAAGAAUUCUGGAAGUCAGAGAUCGACUAACUCUUAGAACAAUAUUUUUAAGAAGAAAAGGGGACUAUAAGGAUGAAGAAGAAUUAUCUGCAGUUUUUCACUUAGUUGGGACUUCCGGUUCCAAUUCAUUGAAAUAUUUGAAUUGA